CCCACAAUUGCGUACACCUGCUUUUAAAUUCUUGCAGAAUUUACCUGUGUUUUCAUUUAUAGUAUUUUUGUACCACAGCUUUUUUUUUAUUAAUGAACUGGUUUCCAAACAUUUCCAAAUAAACAAAACAACAAUAUUUCAAUAACAAUUCCUAAAAACAAAAGUAAACUAUACAUCAAAUAAAACUGAGAAGUGUACAGAACAGAAAAUUUAAAAAAAUUAGGAGCCAGAAUCUAGCAAAACCUGGGUAAACAUGUAAGUUUUAAAGAUAUGUUUGGAAAUUUCUACUGUCUCCGUCUCAUGAAUUAUCUGAGAGUAUUCCAGAGGGUGGGUGCUGCACCCACAAAUGAAGGGACCACCCAUUGGUGCUGGAAUGACCCCAGCAGGGCCUCAUCAGCUUGAGCUCUUACUACUGACAUUUGUCUCUCGUUUCACCCAAUUUCAAAGGACCAGUUCAAAUUUCAUCCGAGGAACAACUGGUAUUUUUGUCAUACAAAAUGUAGCUGCUUAUUCACUUCUUCCUGGUCUGACAAGAGGGCAGGCAGGUGGGAUUCUGGCUGGCCCUUCUCAUGGUUUACGUACAGUGGUACCUCGGUUUAAGAACAGCCCUGUUUACAAACUACAGUGCAACCUUGUGUUAUGUCCCGUCCUUGCAAACACUUCGGGUUACGAGCUCCGCUAACCCGGAAGUAGAUGCUCCCAGUUGCCCUGGGAUGCGAGCAGAAGUCUCGCACCGGCAGCAUGGCAGCAGCGGGAGGUGCCAUUGGCGAAAGCGUGCCUCAUGUUACGAGCAGUUUUGGCUUAAGAACGGACCUCUGGAACGAAUUAAGUUAAUAACCGGAGGUACCACUGAAUUCAGUUUACGAACUCCGCAAAACAGGAAGUAAUGUCCCGGUUUGCGAACUUUACCUCGGUCUAAGACAGGAAGCAAAACGGUAGAAGGGCACCGGCGGCAGGAGGCCUCAUUAGAGAAAGCGUGCCUUGGUUUAAGAAUGGUUUUGGUUUAAGAGUGGACUUCUGGAAUGGAUGAAGUUUGUAAACUGAAGUACCAGUGUACUUUGUAAACAGCAGUGAAGGAACUGAAUGUAGACUCAAACAGGGCAGACUUCCGUCAUAUCCUGGUCUUGUUUGUUUUGGGGGAAGUUCCCGCGCACUGAAAUUUAAGUUCCAUUCCAUUUGCUUUCUAUUGUUAACACCUGUGUGAAAGCUAAAUACAGCUCACCAAAGUAACAUGCAAAACAAGAGUCAUGUUCCUAUGCCACGUCUUCUGGCAGUUCAUACCUGCUUCAGCUGAGCUGGCGAUCAGCAGUCCUCUUGAAUCAGGCCAGAGAUUCAUCAAAGAUACCCUCAACAGGCGACUGACUGGUAAUAAUUUGAGGGCAUUCUUAAAAGGAAAGUAGGCUCCUUUUCUUGGAAGAGAUGGAUUGGCCUACGGUGGUGAAAUUUCUGGGACAAAAACUCUCGUUUAAAUAUCUCUGCUAUCAGAUCCACGGAGUAACUCACCCACUGAGCAUGGAGUCUCUGAGAUCUGUGCAGAAACAGUUGCAGGGUUAUGAGCCAGACACAAAGAAUCUGGUCGCAUGCUUGGACGUGGCGCUGAGGAAUUUCAAGCAGGAGCCUAGAUGUGUGAAGGAGAAUGCCACUGUGUUGAUCAAGAGUGAUGGGGUCGAGUUGAAAUUCUCCUGUGGGAAUCAGAAAUGUCUCAUCUGCAUUGACGACGCUGGCGGAGAUCUCAGUUACAAUGCCUCUGAGCUCUCGGGGGAUGUUUUUUUGUCAAGAUUAUGUUGCAGGCCCCAGCCACUGAAUGUGGCAAGUCUCCAGGGAGUGAAGGAAAGUUUGGAGAAAUGGGAGAUGGGAGAAGAUUUGAGAAGAUGUCUCAAGCUGGCCCUGAAGGAGUUCCCCAAGGAACCCUUAUUAGUGCAGGAAAAUGCCCGGUUGAUCAUUAGGAAACGCAAAGUUCAGCUGGAAUUCAUCUCUGGGACAGGGCAAUGUGAGAUAUCGGUGUGCUUUGACAAGGGGGAACCUCGUUAUGAGGUUGAACCGAAGACCUGGAAAAUGUACCGGGAACGUCUACCACUGCACAAGGAACACCUGAAUGCCAAGAAUUUGGAAAGGAUCCGUAGAACGGUGAGAUCCCUAGAAGGGACGCCUCCCGAUGUCCGGAAGAGCCUUAAUAUUGCCUUGGACAGGUUCUGCCAGGAACCGGAGCAUGUGAAGAAGAAUGCCCGCAUGGUGAUUGAAGUGGAAGGAGGGGAGAUGGAGCUAAUCUCUGGGACCGGAGAGAAUUCCAUCGAUGUCUCCUGUGUCGGUGGGGAAGUAUCCUACAGAUGCAGCCGUCAAACUCCAAGGCACAGGAAAGGGGCUCAAAGCAGGCAGGCACGAGGGCAUCAUCUCCAACGCUACCAGCCCUACCCACGCUACCAGCACAACUAUCACUUGCGUUCAAUAAGAUUCCAGCUUCCCUUGAACUCUGGGCUCCCUGAUGGUUUGGAACAGAACAGCGCUGGGCCAUGGCACAAGCCAACAAAGCUGCAGGACCUGGCCUUUCUUCGUAUGGGUGCCUGCAUCCCCAAGCCCAGCCCUCCAGCGCCACUGAGUGUCAGCAACUUACUCUCAGCGAAGGAGAGCUUGGAGAUAGCCAACCGGGGAUCUGACACCAUGCUGACAGCUUGCUUAGACCACGCCCUGCUCGAGUUCCCCCGUGAGCCGCGCUGCCUCCAGGACAAUGCCACCUUGACUGUCCAGGUGAGAGGGAGGAAAAGGAUGGAGUUUGUCUCCGGUGGAGGUGAGAACAAGAUAGUCAUCUCUUGGUCAAAGAAGAAAACCCGCUAUAACAUUGAGGUCUCCAGCCUGGAGGUGUACCUGGACCGGCUGUCCCUCUGCCCAGCUCCACUGACCUCUGAGAAUUUGGAGAAGGUGAGGCAGGAGCUCCUUAAGUGGGGCGACGUCACAAAGGACCUGCGUGCCUGCCUUGAUCUAGCCAUAACAGAGAUUGAGAAGGAGCCACUUUCAGUGAAGAGCAAUGCUGAGUUGACCAUUGAAUGUGACGGUUCCUGCUUGGAUUUCGUUUCUGGGAAAAGGAAGUCCCGCAUCCACAUCCUCUUCUCCGAUAGACAACCUCAGUACCGGGUUCGAGUUACUUGCAUGGACAUCUACGUAGACAGGUUGAACAGCCGCGCGGUGCCCCUCACCUCUGAGAACUUGCUGAAAGUGUGGAAGGAGACAGAAGGCCUGAAAGGGUGUACGGUGGACCUUCGGGCCUGCCUCAAGCGAGCCUUGCAGGAGUUUAAUGCUUUGACUCCACGGCACCGGGCCAAUGCCACCAUCUUCAUUGACUGCGAUGGGAAGAACUUCAAGAUGGUUUCCGGGUACGGAGACAGCUGGAUCUCUGUUUUCAACGUUGUCGGAGAUCAACAUUGCCGAAGAGAAGUGGUUCUGGCGCUGGCGGAUUCCGGGGCGUCCAGCAGGGUAAUAGGCCCGACCUCUGCGAAACACGGGAAAGAAGGACCAUCGCUUUGGAUGAGGAAAUUGGAAGCGAGGAGAGGCGCAGAGGAGGGCCCGUCCAAUCAGGCAAGGAGAACUUUCAAAGCACUGUCCAAUGGGAAGAGAUCUAAGAGAGGAGGGCCGUCCAAUGUGAUCGCAUUAGAAGAAUUUGCCUCUAGUACUUGGAAAUGGGAGGAAGAAACAACAUCGUCGUUUGCGGGGGGGAGGACUUUUUCCCGUGAGAAAAGUUCCAGGGUGCCAGGAAGGGAUUGUUCCCUUAAGUCAAAAGCAUUAUCGACCAGUGGGAAAAGGAAACGGCCUGGUGAGAGGGAUGGAAAAGAAGGAGAACUUGCUGGGUGGCAGAGCUUACCCAGCGGAACAGCAACAGAGGAAGUGUUGAUCCAUGGACACAGUGAGGAGGCCGGGAAAGAAAUGGAGCCAACAUCCAAUGGAUCAAGUGAAGAAGAAGAAGAAGAAGAAGAAGAAGAUGGUGAGUCGCCUGGUGUUCUAGAGGAGUCUUCAGACAGCAGACAGGCAGACGAUGGUCCAGAAAGGUGACUCAUCUGGAGGACUGGGGAACAUGAUGGAUCCAUCCAAGGUCAGUCCUUGGACUGGGACUGAGAUGGAUGCUUUUCAGGAGCAGGACGUUGUUUCUGGAUCAGGAAGCCGGGGGCUGGUCCACCAAAUGAAUUGUGCAAGAGUGAUACCAAAAAUAAAUGAUCUAUGGACCUGAGACGCCUUUUAGAGAACACACUGUCCUCAGCCGUUAAUCAC